GUUAAAUUUGGUUAAUGAUGCAUCAAAAUGAUCCUGGUUAAAACUGUCUAAUUAGCUGUCACUUAUAUUUCGGGUCUUUUUAGCUUAGUCUUUUCGUUAAUCAUACUGAAGCAUUUACUGGUUCAGGUUCCUGUCUGUUGUCAUGUCUCCCUUUGACCUCUGGUCAUAAGAGAAGGGAUGACAGCUGAAGCCAGGGCAAGUAAGGCCAGAUUUGGAGAGUCGGGGUGUGUGUGUGUGUGUGUGUGUGUUACACUCCCUGCUGGUGAUGAGUGCUCUCUAGUGACUCCUUCAACAAGGUGUAAACUUACAUUCUUGAAUUCCAAAUGGCUUCACACUCCCUACCUAAAUAACACUACAUAGGCAGUGAAAUAGUGGCUUCUGCACCCUAUAUAGUGAGUGAACUGUGUGUCUAACACAGGGUCAUUUGGAAUUCAGCCAUACUGUGACGUUAGGUGUUGAGUGUAGGACAUAAAUACACACUACACAUCUCAACCAUUUUGUCAACAGCAGUCAGUUAAAGGAGUAGCCUAGAAAGUACUGAAAUACGUUUCUGAAGAUUUCCUGGACUGGUGGCCUUGAAUAUCACAGAAACUCUAUUAUAAAGUGCAGAGAGGAUGGAGGACCACCUGAUUGAAAAUGAGACCUCCUUUUACUUGAAGGCGGAGCAGUACUGGAAGGACAUCCCGCCCACUGUGGACGGAAUGCUUGGAGGUUAUGGUAGCAUUUCCAGCAUCGACAUCAACGGUUCCAAAAAGUUCCUGCAGAAAUUCCUUGGGGAGGGCAAAGGUAAGACGAGACCAGGCUGUGCCCUGGACUGUGGCGCAGGAAUCGGCCGCAUCACCAAGCGUCUUCUCUUGCCACUCUUCCGUACCGUGGACUUGGUAGACGUGACGCAAGAGUUCCUGGACAAAGCACGCUCUUACCUGGGUGAGGAGGGCAAGAGAGUGGAGAACUACUUCUGCUGCGGUCUGCAGGAUUUCCAGCCUCAGCCGGAUCAUUACGACGUCAUCUGGAUCCAGUGGGUCAUUGGUCACCUGACUGAUGAUCAUCUAGUGGAGUUCCUCAGGCGAUGCCGCAGUGCCCUGCGUCCUGAUGGCUUGAUCGUGAUAAAGGAUAACGUGGCAUACGAGGGCGUCGUGCCUGAUGAGGUGGACAGCAGUGUGUGCAGAGACCUGCCCUUAUUGCGCCGCAUAGUGGCCAGAGCUGGACUCAGCAUCAUCUGUGAGGAACAGCAGCAGAACUUCCCUGAGGAGAUCUACCAGGUCCACAUACUAGCUCUUAGAUAGGAGAUGCCUACAUACGUACAUAAGGCAACGUUUUAUGAGCAAGAAACUGUAUAAAUCAUAUUAACUCCACACACGGUUGUUUUUUCCUGCCAUUGUUAAUGAGGCACCAGGUUGGAACAUUGCAAAAAGAUCACUAUUUGCCUGUAUUAAGGGUCUGCGGUUUUAAGGAAGGCAGUUUUCAAGGUCUGAUUUGCACCCAGACCCCUGGACUAUCGCUAUCAGGGAGCACAGAUUUCAUAUGAUAGUAUAAUAGUUAGCCAUUUUACACUUUUAAGAUAUCUAAAUGUCCUCUCGUCUGUAGUUAAUCACCGGAUGUUUUUGGAGGACAGAAUAUGUGUAAACAAAACAUGUUUGUGCUUUCAGGGGAAUAAGAUUUGAUAUUUGAGCCAACCUGAAUUUUGACCCAAACUGUUUGUGUGAGAUUAAUGUGUCUAGUUUGUGCUUAAGUUAUUAAGAGACAUAUUCAUGUGUGCAUGUAUUGUUUGUUAUGGGUGACUGUGGACUUAAAUAUAUAAAUAGCUUUAUAUAAAAUAUUGUUGUACUGUGUAUUUUAUGCUCCUAAGCCCCGCAAAAGUAGUAUGGUUAAAAAAAAAAUUCUUGCUGGCCAGACUUUGAACAUUCACUACACCGUUAAUUAUCAUGACUAAGAAAGAGGCAGUUUGACUGGCGUGGCUGAUGACCAGCCACAGACCUUUUCUUGUAGCCAAACAGCAGAUUAUCUCAUUUACUCAUAACCGACUGCCCAAACAAAACUCUUUAAGAACUUUUAGACUGAAUUUGGGAAAGCUCAGUGUCGCUGUGUUCAGGUUUGUUUGCCCAUUGAAAACUGCUACAUGAUAGUGUGUAAACUCAGUAAAUCAGACUGCAGCAUUUUAAUGAUUCUGAAUCGUGUGGCCAGAAAAGUGUAAUAAAGAUCUCAAAUGUUGUGUUGCAUGGCCAUGGCACAUGGUGUGCUAUGUAGAAUAGUAAAAAAAAAAAUAAUAAUAAAAUGACAAAAUUUUCUCUAUUAUGGUAGAUGUUUUCCAUCCAAGAUUU